GCUGCCAGGGGUUCGGUGAAUUCGGAUUCAGCUCGUUUGGAAUAAAACACAACUAAAAAGAAAUAAAGCCCCUUGUUUUAAAUCAGCGCAGUGCGCCAGGGCUGCUUCGCAGGGCUCCGGCGCAGAGCGAGCACUUUCCCCCUGACGUUCUAGAUGUCGCUGUUGACCACAUUUCGGAUUCAGCCCGGACGGUCCCGCGGAGCACGUGACUCGCGGGGAGGUAGCGGCUCAAGGCCAUUUUCAAAUCUCAUUGGCUUGGUUGUCAUGUGGUUGUGCAGAGGCAUCCACAAUUACACAGGGUAUGUUUUCCUAGAGAUGUCAGCCUACAAAGGACACAAUCUCUCUUCUUCAAAUUCCUCCCCAAAAUGUCCUUUCCAAACAGCUCUCCUGCUGCUAAUACCUUUUUAGUAGAUUCUUUGAUCAGUGCCUGUAGAAGUGACAGUUUUUAUUCUAACAGCGCCAGCAUGUAUAUGCCACCUAGCACAGACAUUGGAACUUAUGGAAUGCAAACCUGUGGACUUCUACCGUCUCUGGCUAAAAGAGAAGUUAAUCACCAAAAUAUGGGUAUGAAUGUACAUCCUUAUAUACCUCAAGUAGACAGUUGGACAGAUCCGAAUAGGUCUUGUCGAAUAGAGCAACCUGUUACACAGCAGGUACCCACUUGUUCCUUUACUACAAAUAUUAAGGAAGAAAGCAAUUGCUGCAUGUAUUCUGAUAAGAGAACAAAACUAAUUUCUUCAGACGUUCCUUCCUACCAGAGGUUGGUCUCUGAAUCAUGUCCCAUUGAAAAUCCUGAGGUUCCUGUCCCAGGAUAUUUUAGACUAAGCCAGACCUACGCCACUGGGAAAACCCAAGAGUACAAUAAUAGUCCUGAAACGAGUUCAACUGUAAUGUUACAGUUAAACCCUCGCGGCAGCUCCAAACCGCAGCUAUCUUCUCAACUUCAGAUGGAAAAGAAAAUGAAUGAAAAUCCGAACAACCAAGACAACUCAGCUAAAGUCUCUCAAGUGGAAAGUCCAGAGCCAAAGUCCACUUUACAAGAUGAAAGGAGCUGCCUGGCUGAAGGCUCUGUGUCCAGCCCAGAAGUACAGGAGAAGGAAAGUAAAGAGGAAAUCAAGUCUGAUACGCCAACAAGCAAUUGGUUAACUGCAAAGAGUGGCAGAAAGAAGAGGUGUCCUUAUACUAAACAUCAAACACUGGAAUUAGAAAAAGAGUUCUUAUUCAAUAUGUAUCUCACUCGAGAGCGCCGCCUAGAGAUCAGUAAGAGCGUAAACCUCACUGACAGGCAGGUCAAGAUUUGGUUUCAAAACCGCAGAAUGAAGCUCAAGAAGAUGAGCAGGGAGAACCGAAUCCGAGAACUGACCGCUAAUCUGACCUUCUCUUAAUCCGUAAACUGGGGGUUGAAACAGUGAGAAAGGGGCACAGCACCGCCAGUUGCAAAAUGCAGGAGAGACUUUGAAAAAAAAAAAACCUUCAUUUUUCAUUUUUUUCUGAUAGAAUGUGACUUUUCUUCAUUCAUUUAGUGCUGCAAGUGAAUAUGUAUUACUAUGAUGAGUAUAUAUAUAUAAAAACCUAGCACGUGUAAUUUAUUUUUUUUCUCAUCGUAAUGCAGGGUAACUAUGAUUGAAUAUUAUCAUUUGGUCUUAACUUAUUGGAACUGUCGAACAUCCAAACAAUGUGACUUUUUCAUGUUUUUUCUAACAAAAUGGUAUUUAUGUGGGGGCUAAUAUACGGGCCAUAACAUUUUGAAUACAUUCAAUACGUUAAGGGGAAAAAAACUUUUGGGAAAAAAGCACAUUACAAUGUAACUAUUCUUUCAAAUGAACUUAGAAAUUGUCCUUCAUAAAAUGGAAUAGUUAAAUCUUCUCCAUUGUAGACAUUUUCUUGUGGUGCAUAUGUGGUAUAGUAGUCGUACAACAGCAAUAUGUUCUUCUUGUGCAUGUUCUAUUCGCAUGUAUAAUGCAAUAAAGUCUGUAAACUUCUACAGUUCCUUUGGUUUUCUAAAAAAUGUUUAAAAGUACAGAUUCAGGUUGGUUUCCUGAUCCUUCCUGAUCAGCAGUUGUUUGGAUUGAUGUAGCUUCUUUUCUUGUUUCUUCUCUUUUG